AUGCAGGCGCGGGUGGUGGAAUCCAUGGAGGACGCGAAGCAGGCCGUCCCGCCCGCGGAGCCGCGCAGGGUGCUCCCGGCGGGGAUGCUCAAGCUGUCCCUGGGGUUCCUGCUGCUCGGCGUCGGCGUGGGGCUGUCCGCGUUCGGCCUGUUCCUGGCGCGGCACUCCGAGGCGGUGGCUGCCGCCGCGCCCGCCCUGUUCCGGCCGUGCGUGGGGGCGCCGGAGGAGGAGGAGGCGCUGGAACGGUGGAUCCGGGCCCCCGCCCGCGCGCGCCACGCCAUGGCGGACGAGGAGCUGCUCUGGCUCGCGUCGUUCGCGCCGCGGGCGCGCGGCCGGAGCGGCGGGUACCCGUUCCGGCGCGUGCCCAAGGUGGCCUUCAUGUUCCUCGCGCACGGCCUGCUGCCGCUGGCGCCGCUCUGGGAGCGCUUCUUCCGGGGGAACGAGGGCCGCUACUCCAUCUACGUCCAUACGAUGCCUUUGUACCGCGCCAACUUCACCUCCGACUCCGUCUUCUACCGCCGCCAAAUCCCCAGCAAGAAUGUGGAAUGGGGUCAGAUGACUAUGUGUGAUGCUGAGAGACGUCUGCUUGCCAAUGCAUUGCUGGAUAUAUCCAACGAAUGGUUUGUGCUAGUGUCCGAGUCAUGCAUUCCUCUAUUCGAUUUCAACACAACUUACCAAUACUUCCAGAAUUCAAGCCAAAGCUUUGUCAUGUCGAUUGAUGAUCCCGGGAGAGAUGGACGGGGCCGGUACAAUUUAAACAUGGCCCCCGAGGUCGAGCUGGAACAAUGGCGCAAGGGCUGGCAGUGGUUUCAGGUUGACAGGGAGCUUGCCGUUGCGAUUGUCAGGGACACGGUCUAUUACCCAAAGUUCAAGGAGUUCUGCAGGCCUGGGUGUUAUGCUGACGAGCACUACAUCCAAACGAUGCUCACGAUUGAAGCUACUCAUCGCCUUGCCAACAGGACGGUCACCUGGGUGGAUUGGUCAAGAGGCGGCCCAAACGCAGCGCAUCCAGCCACGUUUGGUAGAGGUGAUAUCACGGAGGAGUUCUUGAGGGGGAUUCGAGAGGGAGGGGCUUGUAUGUACAAUAACCAGAACUCGACGAUGUGCUUCUUGUUCGCGCGGAAGUUUGCUCCAAGCGCGUUGGAGCCAUUGUUAGAAUUAGCACCCACAGUGCUCGGUUUUGGUUAAUAUCGUUUCUAUAUGCUGUAA